AGAAGACGGGGGGCUGCGAAACGCUGCGUUUCGCGUUUUCUUCUCCCCUCCAGCAUAGGUUUUUGCAGAGUAUUCUACACCUGCAUAUUCACUUCUUCACAAAAUUACCGAUCACCACGUUUCUUCUUCCACCAAAAUCUCGCCCUAUUGCGAUACGAUCUCAGCAGUUACGAAUUUGAGGUAUCAAUCGAUCCUCUGGCGAUUAUUUGCUUUCUGAACCCGCCAUUGUUAUAGCAGAUUUGGGUAUUAAGCAAUGGCAAGGGCAAGAGACAGAACCGAGGAUUUCAAAGAUGCUGUUCGACACAGUGCUCGAUCUUUGGGGUAUGAUGAGGCUAAGUUGGCGUCAGUUAUGGCAUCUUUCAUUAUUCAUAAACCUCCACAAAGGUCGCCGUUUUCAAAAGCUGCACUGAAGACGCUCGAGAGUAUUGGAGAACUAGAAGAAUUUUUGUCAAAGCAUAGAAAGGACUAUAUGGAUUUGCACCGCACAACUGAAAAGGAGCGAGAUAGUAUUGAACAUGAAGUUAGUGUUUUUGUUAAAACUUGUCAGGAACAAAUUGAUGUUCUCAAAAAUAGUAUAAAUCAAGAAGAGGAAACAUCAAAAGGAUGGCUUGGCAUUACAACGUCAAAGGCUAAUGCUGACACCAUUGCCCACAAACAUGGGGUGGUUCUAAUCUUAAGUGAGAAACUCCAUUCAGUUUCAGCUCAGUUUGAUAAGCUUAGAGCUGUUCGUUUCCAAGAUGCCAUUAAUCGAGCAAUGCCACGAAGAAAACUUAAUCGCCUAACCAAGAAAGAUUCUAUAGAAACCCCUAAAUCAGAUGACAUGGAGCUUAGAGAACCUAGUGAAUUACACAAUGAGCCUCUAAGAGUCCAACAACAGCUAUUGGAUGAUGAAACACGUGCACUUCAGGUGGAAUUGUCCAAUCUUCUAGAUACAGUUCAAGAAACUGAAACUAAGAUGGUGGAAAUGUCUGCAUUAAAUCACCUCGUAUCUACACACGUUUUGCAACAAGCUCAGCAAAUUGAGCAUCUGUAUGAGCAGGCUGUUGAAGCUACUAAGAAUGUUGAACUUGGCAACAAAGAACUUUCCCAAGCCAUUCAGCGGAAUAGCAGCAGCAGAACAUUUCUUAUACUUUUUCUAUUUGUGCUUACAUUUUCAGUUCUCUUUCUUGAUUGGUACAGUUAAAUGUUCACAGGGUAAGUGUAACUAUGUUAUAGUGCAUUCUCCUUCCCCACUUCCAUUAUUCCUUAUUAUUGUGGAUAUCUGUAUUUUCCCACCAUAUAGGCCAUUUUAUUGUUACUUAUUUUUGUUUUUUACAUCAAACCGACACAUGUCUUUCCACUGUUGGGUUGUGCACACUGCAUCCAACAGUUGACUAGUUGA